AAUGUUGGGGAAAGUGAUGGAAGCAUAGGAGAAAGAGAACGGGAGGGUGUCUAAUUGAUUAAAGAAUACUCCCCAGUCCCCAGUGUAUAUAGACUUCUUCAAUUUUCUUUACUCUUCAGCUAUCACUCUUCCACGAUCUUCUUCCUGGCCAACACACAUCCGUGCUUUGAAUUCCAUGCCGACGCCAUCUAGUGAUAUGAUGCCCACCAUAUACAGGCCAACACACAUCCGUCCGUCUAGCAAAUCAAUUUUAUAAAAAGAAAAAAAAUUGAACUUCAAGUUGAGAAUUCCUUUUGAUUCAUUCAGGGUAGAUUUGAGAUGGCAAACUUUUUGCUGCAAGUUUAAAUUUUUAGCCAGGUCCUAGAUCAAAGGCCUUUGAUUUGCAUAAAAGAGGAAAUGAUGUUGUUCACUAAGACCCUCCCUCUUCCUUCUCCCCCCUUGAAGGACUUAACUUUUCUGGACUCUAAACUCAACCUUCCACUCUCCCUCCCUAUUACAAAAGCCAAUGGAAAUAUCAACAGAAACCCUUUCUUGACCUCGUGCCUCAAAACGUCCCUGGAAUCAAUUGUAUCACCUGAACCAUUUAACACCCCCGCACCCUCCCGCGUCAAGAUUCUUUCAGAAGCACUGCCCUUCAUUCAGAAAUUCAGGGGUAAGACAGUCAUAGUGAAAUACGGUGGAGCUGCAAUGAAAUCUGAAGCCCUUCAGGCAUCUGUUAUUGCCGAUCUUGUCCUCCUCUCAUGUGUUGGUCUCCGAAUCGUCUUUGUCCAUGGAGGGGGUCCCGAAAUCAACCAUUGGCUUGGACGGUUGGGCAUCCAGCCCACCUUCUUAAACGGGCUUCGCAAAACCGAUGCUUCUACCAUGGAGAUAGUCUCCAUGGUAUUGGCUGGUAAAAUCAACAAGCAUCUCGUCUCCUUGAUCAAUAAGGCAGGGGCAACUGCAGUGGGACUGUCAGGCAUUGAUGGCCGCCUUAUAACUGCGCGGCCCUCGCCCAGCGCAGCAGAGCUUGGGUUCGUUGGCGAGAUCGAGAACGUGGACCCCACCGUGCUCAGGCCUCUCAUUGACAACUACCACAUCCCGGUGAUUGCGUCGGUGGCAGCCGACAGGGCAGGGCAGUCCUACAACAUCAAUGCAGACACAGCCGCCGGCGAGCUGGCGGCUGCUUUGGGGGCAGAGAAGCUGUUGCUCCUGACAGACGUGGCUGGGAUCUUGGAGGACCGAAAUGACCCCAGGACCUUGGUGAAGGAGGUUGACAUCAAAGGAGUGAAGAAGAUGAUGGAUGAUGGGAAGAUCGCCGGCGGGAUGAUUCCAAAAGUGACUUGCUGCUUGAGGUCUCUGGCACAGGGGGUACGCACUGCGAGUAUCAUCGACGGGCGUCUUGAACACUCCUUACUGCUCGAGAUCCUCACGGAUAAAGGAGCUGGAACUAUGAUUACUGGGUAAUAAACUAUCCUACACUCUCCUAAGCUUCUUUUUUUUUUAAUUCCCAGCUUUUGCUUUGGUUUGCUUUCCAUUGCUGGAGCAUUUGUGUGUGCUUUUGUGGUUUUUGAUUCCUCCACAUUGAUACCUUGAGAUAUGUGAUCUGGAAUUCUUUGAGUAAUGAAUGCCUGUUGUAAUAGUUUUUAUUAUUUUUUUGAGAUGAAAUAAAGUUAUAGCCUUAUU